AUGGAGAAGAGCGUGGCUCUCGAAAGUGCGAGGCAGUGCGCAGCACAAGAUCACGGUUCCAGUUCUAGCUUGGAUACUGGGCAGAGUCGGGCAUCUUGCAGCCAUGGUCGGCUGCGUGAGGGAGAGGCUGAAAUGAGGACUCCGUUGUAUUUGAUAUAUCUCACUGUGAGCAUCGGAGGCCUACAGGUUAUAUGGACAACCAUCAUGUCCCAAGGCUCGCCAUACCUCACAUCGCUAGGACUCCCUUCUCCGAUCAUCGCCCUCGUAUGGCUCGCCCAACUAUCAGGAGCUUUCGUCCAGCCAUAUAUUGGCAUCCUCAGCGACUCCUGCGAGAAUCGAUGGGGCCGAAGACGACCUUUCAUAAUCCUUGGCACAGUACUCACCAUCAUAUGCACUAUUGGACUACCUUGGACCCCAGACUGUGUUGCCUUUCUCUUCUCGCUAUUCGAUGGGAAUAGCAGAGAGUGGCGGAGCUCAGAGCUACUGGCCACUCAAAUCCUGGCUUCCAUGUGGAUUUGGGCUCUUAAUAUAUCCAUCCAACCUGUCCAGUCCGGCAUCCGAGCUCUGAUCAUCGACUCGGUCUCUCUGCCCCAGCAGGUCCAAGCCAGCGCGUAUGCAAGCUGUGUUAUUGGAUUUGGAAGUAUCCUGGGAUACUCGACCGCCUUUGUCGAUUUGCCGCUACUGUUACCAUGGCUGGGAGAUACGCAGAUGAAAGGGGUCUGUGUGAUUGCUUCAGUUGCGCUGGGUUCUACGGUAGCACUCAGUUGCCUCACGAUAAAGGAGAGGAAGCUAGAUGCCGCCUCGUUUCCGAAGCACAGUAGUGGUCUUCUUGGCCGGCUGAGGGAGCUCUUUGCAAACUUCAGGAUCUUUCCAAGUAAGAUACUGAAGAUUUUUGCGGUUCAAUUUUUUGCAUGGCUGUCAUGGUUUCCGUUCAUGUUCUACAUCACCACGUAUAUCGGGGAUAUUUAUGGUGUAAAAUUCCAAGUACAGACUCCGUCCACGGCUCUCCCAGCUCCAUCCUCUUCUUCGGUAACCUGCGAGUCAACUCGAUAUGGGACCCUCGCCCUGGUCUUCUUCGCCACGAUGGCCCUCCUGACAAAUCUCACUCUACCACACUUCAUCAUAAGCAGCGCCACCGAGAGCGAAGACUAUCUGACCUUCGCCCAGAAAUCGCAAUAUCAAGUUCUCAACCGGAUCCGAACACUUUACAGGCGUUUCAAGACAUCCUGGCUCACCCUCCCUAGACUCUGGGCAGCGUCUCACAUCUUCAGAUUCGUCAUCCUCCUCUCAACAGCAUUCACGGACAGCCUCCUCAUCUCCACACUGCUCGUGGCCACGUUGGGAAUCUCGUGGGCCAUCACACAAUGGGUGCCACAUGCACUCAUCAGCGCCGAAAUCGCAAAGAGCCAGACGUACAUCCCAGCGUCGCAACAGAUACUGUCCCAGGGGUCCGCCUCCACGGAAUACCGGCCGCCAUCUGCAGAGGAUGACGAUGCAGCGGACGAGCUGGACGGCAUGCUGGGCAAUGCAGAGAAGGCCGAGAUGGACGACGGGAGAGACGAACCGAAGGCGGUUCUGCAAGCCGGGGCUGUGAUGGGCAUGCAGAACAUGGCGAUCGCGACUCCGCAGAUGGCGGCGGCGGUGCUGUGCAGUCUGCUGUUCUGGAUCCUUGGACGCUACGGGAUCACCGGUAGCGAGGCAGCGGGGUGGGUGAUUCGAAUCUUGCAACUGUCUGGGUUGGUUGCAGCUUGGCUAGCGAGCCAGAUCGAGACGGACGGAUAG